UCUUGUCUAUACUCGUUUGAUGGCUGCGAAAUCAACAAUUUCUAUUUUCCUUCUUUGUUUGUAAAUUUGUGUAAAAAUUGCUAAGUGUUAAUUGUUUCGUGUAAAUAACUUAAAAUAACAUUACCAGUGAUAUUUUACGACGAUGUCUUCUAUGGAUUUUGAUCUCUAGCACAAAAUAGUGUUUGUUCAGUUUUUGUAGGACAAGUGAAGUGAAGUGGACGCGAUCUUGCUUGACCCAACUCAUAACAAGCUAAAAAUACUUUUGCUUCGUUAUAUAGCGAUUUGUAAACUAAACUUUCUUUUCUUAUUUGUGAUGUACCCGCAUUCCAUCAGCGCUGAAGAAGAACAGAAGACGAAUCUGAUUCCGAGUGUGAAGCUUCUUCAUUCCAAAAGAAAAGGAAUAUUCAUACACCCGUCGGCUAUGUACAGAAGUAGUGCACCCAGCUGCACGAAUAAUUUUACAGUUUCAAUAGCAAGAAGUUUGUGUGGGUAAAGUCUUGUUGCGUAGUUAGUAGAGAAACUGAAAAAAUGAAACUCUUGGAGAGUGGUCGCCUGGAGGCGUUGAGUAGCGCCCUGUCAAUCCUGAACGGUGAUAGCGCUGUUCAGAGCCGCGUAGAGAGCUACAGUUGCAAGAUGGCUGGAACUGAGAAAGCUUUCUACAAACGAUUCACUGCUGAUGGAGAGACCUCCCGUGACCUACAAGCCCUGUCUCCACCUGAAGGGGUCAUGUAUAGUCGGAGCUUGUCUGGGGAUGAGGAUGGUGUGCUGUGCGACACCAUCUCACGGAAGACACUCUUCUAUUUAAUUGCAACACUGAAUUCUGCCUUUCCAGAUUAUGAUUUUUCAAUGGCAAAGAGCAGCGAGUUCAGUGCGGAGCCGUCGCUGAGCUGGGUGCAGGGGGCGGUGGACGGCGCGCUGUCGCCGGUGGGCGGCGCGCGCUGGCGCGGGCUGCGCGCGGCGCUGUGGGCCGCCGUCGACGAGGAAGUGGCGCUGCCCGAGUGCCGCAUCUAUAGCUACAGCCCCGACCUGGCCAGCGACCCCUUUGGCGAGCCCGGCUGCCUCUGGGUCUUCAACUACUUCUUCUACAACAAGAAGCUCAAACGGAUUGUUUUUUUCACUUGCAGAGCUAUGAGCCCAGUUUGCGCGGUCGACUCUGGCGUUGAUUUUGCUAUGGACGAAGAUGAAGAGUAUAAUUAAAUAAUGAUUUUCAAAGUUGUUCAAUGUUAAUAAGUAAGAUGUGCACCUCUUAUAUGUAUAACUCCUACUUUAAAGAUUAACAAUAUUGUUAACGUUACACUUAAUUUUAUCAACACACAUGGGCAAUUAUUUUUGCAAUGGAUGGGGAUCUACACUUAAAAAUGUAUUGCUUAUUUUACUCAUAAGUUAAUUGUAACAAUACAUGAUAACUCUUGAGUUCGUUCUACAUUUUAAGUUGACUUUGGGGAUUCAACGAAAUAUACAAGUAUUUUCGGUGUACAGUCAGUACAGAAGUUGCAAAGCGGGCGAGGUGUUCAAAAUGAUUUUAACGCGACUUUUUUAUUAAGAGAAUAAGAGUGUGUCAAUGUCAUUUUGAACACCUUGCCCGGUUAGCAACUUCUGCUGCUGACUGUACUUUGAAGGUGGAUGAUGGUAAUAUAGUGAGGUAUGGUAUUUUGUAGAGGAGGUUGUAGCGGUAGCUUUAUUUUCUGGAAUCUUCUAUAUAAGUGUCAAAAUUGUAAUGUUUAUAUAAAUGUGAUGUAAGAUUUAAUAUAAGGGCCAAUUAGAUUUAGACACUUGCUAUCGGGCCCGAAGCAUGAGUAUUUUCCCGUUUCACCAAUAUUUUUAAAGAUUUUCUGUUGUUUCGUGAAACGGAUGACUACUCUUGCUCGGGCCCGUUCGCGAGUGUGGAUCUAUACUUGGUCAAGCAGAUCUUGUCAGUAGAAAAAGGCGGCAAAAUUGAAAAAUGUGGGCGCGAAGGGAGAUCGUCUCAUAGAAAAUUUGAAUUUCGCGCCUUUUUCUACUGACAAGAUUUGCUUGACCGUCUAUAAUUGGCCCUAUAGCUUUAUAAUGUUUUUAUUUUAAUUAUACUUUAUCAUUAUCUUAGCAUAUAUAAAUCUGCAAAUGUUUCAGUUUGCCAGUCUUCAUGCGAAUGCGGUUGCCGCGGUGCGAGCGGGACAUCGCUAUGACAUGCAUAGCGUUGUCUCGCCUGCACAUCGAAGUGACGUACGGAAACCGCAUCGGUGUGAUAGCGCGUAACUGUUCUUUUUCAUUGUAACUCCUUUUUUCUGUCCGUGCCAAACGCUAUAAGCCUCGUGAGCCCUAAGACGGUAUUUAGUGACCCCCUAGGGGACCAUCGCGAAUAUGUUGCUAUCGCUCGCUUUGGUGGCCGUCCAUAUGUAUAUUUUUGACGUGUCAAAUUAGAUAGUCCAAGAAUAGGUUGUGGGCUCACGUGGCUUGGAUAAGUACGUACGUUAGAUUUAGAGGCAGCUCAUUUUUUUUGCCUCACUAACAUAUAACUGCAUCCUGCAGGCUUAUUCCUCCUGCUGGCCAGCGAGAGGCGCAUAUUCCUUUCAACUAAAUGCUUUAUCGAAAUAUUUUGAAUAUGUAUAUUUCUAUUAUCUUUUCUCAAGCAUGCACGGAACCUACCGUAGUUUUUCAACUCCCUAAUCAGUAAUUAUGAAAUUAAUAAGUUUGAGUGUUGAUGUCUGCAAUGGAUUUUAUAAAGAUUUGGACAGGAGUUAUAAUUUUCAUUGUUAUUUUCCGUGUAUUUUUCGAGAAAAGCACAACAUACCUCGACAGGACCAGGGAUUGCUUGACUAGGUAUAAUUAGGUAAUUUUCUUCCAGAAUCUUGCACCACCGUUACCUUAAUUUUCGUACUCUUCAAGCAAUUCCCGACUUCCCGGCCGUUGCAAUCAUUGGUUUUGGUUGCCGCAUUUACUAGAGUGGCAUUUCUUUUUCUUCUUUUACAAUUACACUGCUUAAACCUAUUUUGGUUUACAUGUUACUUAGUCACUCUUAAUUCAGAUUUACAGAAAAUUUAUGAAUUUUAGAAGUAAUCAAUUUUAUUUAGGUAUAGUUACAGAUAUUUCUGGUAUAGGGUGUAGACCGUAGAUUUAGGUGUGACAUGUAAAAUAUGAAUAUAAAAGCUGAGUUAAGAUCUCAACGUUUCGUACCAAAAUAUAUAUUUAAUGUCAAAGUUCGGAACAAAUAGGAUAUAACUACUACUUGGAAGUAGUAGGUGCUUACUAUCGUGUCGUUACAGUAUAAUCAAGUUAAAAAUCUCAAAUUAGUGACAACCAAAAAUAAAUUUUAUUGUUUGAGAUUUUAUACUUGACUACAUUUCGGUGUUAAAAACUUAUUUUGGCUUUGGAAUGUGCGUGGUGCUUUAAUUAGAAUUGAUCUAACUUCUACAUCUUGUACAAUAAAUGUGUCCUUAUUUGUACUUUAACAACCCAAAUGUCACGCCUUAAAUCAGUAGAUUGCUGCCAAGUACAAGCUCGUUAAGAAAAAAAAAACAUAUUUGUAAUGGCUUUUGCCUUUAUUCUUAAAAUGACGCAAGAACAUGUUCAUAUUUAUUUCUGUAAAGUGUUUUGUUUUAGUAUGCGAGCGAGACUUGGCUUAUGAACUUGAAGUAUUAGCGUAAUGUGGAAAGCGGAAACCAUAUUUUUAAGUCACUUAGAAAUCCGCCUAUAUUUUAGGGCGUCACUUUCAAUAUUGUUAGCGACAUAAUUACACUGAAUUAUACAUUUUUUUCC